GGCGCUUGGGUGGAGGCGCUUCCUGAUCUCAUCAGCAACAGAACCGAUGCGGCCCUCGACGCAGCAGUCAAGGCAUUUGCCUUGUCAAUCCUAGCCGGGGGCCCAACGCGAAGUGUCCCAAUACCCGCAGGUCUCGAGGCUUAUGGGUUGGCACUUCAAUCUCUCCGGACUGCCCUUCGGUCCAGUACUCUGCGUUGCCCAGAACAGCUCGCCGCUGCCAUCAUGUGCUUGCUCCUGGCCGAGAUCUUCUUGCCGACGUCCUUGGAUGCUCGGGCGGCCCAUCUGCAGGGGUUCGGGGAGCUGAUGCGGCUAUCUGGCCCCGAGCUUUACGCGUCGGGCGUUCCCCAUAAGCUGUUUGUCGGGGCAAGGCCGUCUUUAGUCAUCAUGGGGAUCCACUCACGGAAAGCCUCAUUUCUCGCAGCACCGGAGUGGAUACAUGUGCCGUUUGGAAAAACAGCGCCCUCGGCGAUGCAGCAACUCAUGAGUGAAGGCGCUAUGAUACCAUCAAUAUUCGAAAUAGUAGACAAAGCCGCCGGAGCUCCAGGGUCGGCAAUACCUGCUGCAAGAGAGGCGAUCCAUAGAUUUAAGGCGCUGCUCGACCGCUUGAGGCAGUGGGAAGAAAGAUUUCAGCCCAUCACACGGCCACCUAGCAUGUCUUGGGUCAAGCCGGCUACCGGUCCAUACGACAAACCUUGGAUAUGGUUUCGGAGCAUCACAGAUGCUAACGCACUGACGAAUUUAUGGGCGUUCAAGACCAUCUGCCUCACAAACGUGGAAAUGCUGACAACCUCUUUCCCCGAUCUAGUCCUCGAGGACGAGUUUUCGAGACACGGCAUCUCCAAAACAUCUCUCAUGCAAGAGGCCGUACACCUGGCGACGAUGAUCUGCCAGAGCGUCGGCUAUCUCAUGCAAGGCGAGAUGAAGCUGUUUGGACCCACGUCGGUCCUGUUCCCGCUCCGAACAGCCCACGAUACCUUCCGUGAGGGCGGCUCUCGCACUACCAAAGAGCUGAGUUGGUUCAACGAGAUUCUGGUGAGCAUAUACGGCCGGGAUGAAUGUAUUCCGCUGUUUUUCACGUCGUUUCGAAACUCUUUGCGCGGAUGUGAGACAUCGCAGGGCUAG